CUUUCGGCUACCUUUCUUAUCCACUGCAACUCAGAGCAUCUAUAAAGUGACUCAUUCCCAUUUUUGCAUCUCAAGAAUCAAACACAGAGCACGCACACCAACUCGUGUGUGCCGAGAUGGAGAGAGGCGCGGGUGGCGGCGACAAUUCGACGAGGGCCGUCGGCAUGUGUGACCGACUCCUGACCUUCCUCGCCAAGAACCUGUCGAUGAACAGGCCGGGGAGCAUCACCGAGGGGCCAAGAGACGCUGGCGCCGGCGGCGAUCACAGGAAUCACGCAGAGGAGGAAGACGACGAGUUCGCUGUGAAGAUCGAGAAAGCCGAGUUCGAGUUCAGCCACGAGGAAGAAGGCCACAGUAGCUUCACGGCCACCAUCCUAGAAGAGACAACUGCAGAUGUGAGAGCAAGUGAUCAGCACAAGCAGGCCACGGCGGAAGCCGGCCAUCAGGUGGAGGCGACGGAAGCGGGCGCAGCGGCUGUGCAGGAGAAGAAGCCGAGGAGGUCCGUGACGAUAAAGGAGGAGGCCGGCGGAGUCAAGGACAAGGCCAAGAAGUCGCUGUCAAAGAAGAGGCAAUCGUCGUCGUUGAGCGGCGGCGGCCAGCUGGUCGGGGCAGGAGGGGAGGACCCGAUCCCGAAGCCGCCGCUAAGGUGGGGGCUCCGGCCGAGGAUGCCGGCGGCGAACCUGAGGGUGCCGUCCAACAUCAAUGAGAAGUCGUCCAACUUCAUUGAGGAGCGCAGGAGGGGCUUCGGUGCCGGCGGCAAGCCGGGGAAAUGAGCUGACGCUCCCAGCACGGUGGAUGCUUGCAAGCUGCAAUGUUAAUACAGUACAGUAAUUCAUUCGCAAAAUAAAAUUAAAAAAAUACAGUACAGUAAUUAAGUGUGUGCGUGUGUGCGUUGGUUGUAUCAAGAGAAUUUCAUGAUGAGUCAAUUACACCGGUGGUGCUAGAACUUGUGGUGAACGGUCAUUUUGAUGCUAUAGAACUUGCGGCAUACAUCGAACUGGUGUAAAAACUUAGCUAGGUCGUGCAAAUAAUUUGGAUACGAAGCGGCGCUGACUAG